UUUUUGUCUGUGCAGUAGUAUAAAAACAAAACUUCUUCGUCCUCCUUCUCUGUGCAGCAACCAUGGUGCAAGUCAGAUUCUACCGCAACUAUGGCAAAACAUUCAAGAAGCCACGACGUCCGUACGAGAAGGAGCGUCUCGACGCUGAGCUAAAGCUUGUCGGAGAGUACGGUCUUCGUUGUAAGAGAGAGCUGUGGAGGGUUCAGUACGCGCUUAGCCGUAUCCGUAAUGCUGCAAGAGAGCUUCUCACUCUCGACGAGAAGAACCCUCGCCGGAUCUUUGAAGGUGAAGCUCUCCUUAGGAGGAUGAACCGUACUGGUCUUCUUGAUGAGAGCCAGAACAAGCUCGAUUACGUUCUUGCUUUGACUGUUGAGAAUUUCCUCGAGCGUCGUCUCCAGACAAUCGUGUUCAAGUCUGGUAUGGCCAAGUCCAUUCACCACGCUCGUGUCCUUAUCCGUCAAAGGCACAUCAGGGUUGGGAGGCAACUGGUGAACAUUCCAUCCUUCUUGGUGAAGGUUGACUCGCAGAAACACAUUGACUUUUCUCUAACCAGUCCAUUCGGUGGUGGUCGACCCGGAAGAGUGAAGAGAAGGAACGAGAGAGCUGGAGCCAAGAAAUCUGCUGGCGGUGGUGGAGACGAGGAUGAUGAAGAGUAAGGAAAGAUUGAGCUGGAGCCAAGAAAUCUAGUGAUGGGGAUGAGGAUGAUGAAGAGUGAAAAGCAUCAAGACCCUCAAGAGGCCCCUUAUUAGAGAAAAACACUUCCUAAACCUACUAAAAGAUGUUAUUUAAGUUAUUAAAUAAUCGUUUGCUCUUCGUCACUUUCUUGUGAGAGAUGUUUUUUUUGGUGUUCUAGUUAUGGAGUGAAGUGUGUUUUCGUAGUAAUGCUUUCUUGUGUUCUUUAAUCAUUUAGUAGUAGUAGUUAUCUCUCGUGUCUUGCUUCUGACAAGAUAGUAGUGAAUGUUUUGUGACUUUUGUCCCUUAUCUUUGCAUAGGUUCCCUUGAUACGCUAAACAUUUAGAGAAUACACAACAACAUAGGUUGCUUUGAGCAAAUACACAAC